AUGGUGGCUUUCCUGACUUCUGUGCUUGUUGGGGAAGGCGGUGCUCCGAAAUCCCUGGCCUACAGCCCCAGCUUCGAAGACCCAGUGGACAUCGAUGAGCUCUCGAAGCUCGUCCCCGUCCUGAAGGCUGCUCGAGAGUUGCAGGACGACCUCUUGAUAAGGUACAACGACAUCAAGGAGGGGAUCAUGAGCCUCAUAUUCGACAAGAAGCUGGUGCUCGACGCGAGCGUGUACAAAACGAAGGCCCUCAAGAAGCAGUGGGCGGAGGAGCAGGCGGAGAUCCUCCGCGUCGCGCUCCGCCACGUCAGGCGCGCGUGGUACCGCAAGGUAUCGCCCGACGCCCACCCGUACUUGUCGGAGCUCCCAGCGCCGCAGAGGACACUGGGAGCAAAUUCAAGGGGUAGAGUAGUAGUAGUCGUAGUAGUCGUAGUAGUCGUAGCA